UUUUGUUUUUAUCGCACUCUACUAAAUGCUACUGAGAUUGAACACGUGCGUUGUGUUCACAUCUCACGGGGAAUCCCGAGCUGACUUGCUGCACACGCUGUAUUUCUUCGCAUAAAAUUCAAGUUUUAUCUACGGAAAAUUGUAUUUGAGUGAAAGUUUCACAAUUUCAGAAAGGUUUAAUUUUCCAUAUUCAUAAAUUACAAGUGAGUGCAUAAUUUAGAUUAUUAUAAAUUCAAAGGUAAUAUUUGAACCAUUUUUUUAAAUGUUUCAAGAAUAUUAUUUUUAUUUUAUUAGAUCCUUCUGAAAAUUGAUGAAUAGUUAAAAAGAAGAAAGUUUAAUGAUGAUUAUAGUGAUAAUGAUAACGUUAGGGACCAAGUUAAUGAGCCAACCCCGGCACAAGUAAAAAUACUUCUUGCUCAAAAAAAUACGUUGUCCAUCGGAAAUAUAAUGAUGAUUUUUUGAAAUUUGGAUUUACCUUUACAAUGGUAUAUGACAUAGUUGUUCCCGAGUGUCUGAUAUUUGGUUUUAAAUUAUCAAAUGGUUCCUAGCAAACUCCAACGUCACUUGGUGACUAAUCAUCCUUCGCUUUCAACAAAAGAUAAAAGCUACUUUGAAAGGUCUUUAUCAUCAAAAAUUAAGCAAGUAAAAGUUUUUGAAAAACAAGUAUGUGUGUCUGAAAAGGCUCAAGUAGCUUCUUACGAAAUAGCUGAAUUGAUUGCUGUUAACUUAAAACCUCAAAAUUUGGCUGAAGAAAUUAUAUUACCUGCUUGUCGCAAAAUUGUAAAAACAAUGAUUGGUGGAUCAGCUGAUAUUGAUAUUUGCAAAAUACCUCUUUCAAAUGAUACAAUCCAUCGCAGAAUUAAAGAUAUGUCAGAAAAUAUUGAGCAAAAUACUGCAAAAACUCUUGCAAAUUCGAAUUUUGCUCUACAAGUCGACGAAACAACAGAUAUUACAGGAAAUGCUCAAUUAAUUGCAUUCGUUAGAUUUAUUCACGAAAAUGAUAUAAUUAAUCAAUUUUAAUGUUGUCGGGAGUUAUCUGAUUUUACAACUGGUAAACAUAUUUUUCAAGUAAUUAGUUCAUAUUUAGAUUGUCAACAAUUAUGGUAGAGAGUGAGCUGCUCGCGAGUGGGUCGGUCGCAAGUUUUCUAGAUGGCAAACAUUUUAACCGGUGUAAGAGAUUACACCCUAUGAUGGCGUUAGGGUUGCAAAUCCUACAUUUUCGAUCUUUUUUGGAACAGGAAAAUAUCGAUAUAACUGAUGAUAUAUUGCAAGAAUUGCAAAGAUUGCAAUCUUGCCAAACACCAAUAUUUAUUAUACACGACGAAAAGCUCAAAGAAUUGUGUACAAAGUAUGCAAAAUUUGAAGAACAAACUAUCCAUGGUGAAUUUGGUAAAACUGCUCAGUUUUAUAUGGUGUAUGUUAAGCUUGUACAUCAUUACUUAACUCUUAGCAGUUUGGGAGAUUUUGAAUUAUUCCGAAAUAUUCUACCACAAAUUACCAACUUAUUUUUUGCUUUUAAUCAUCAAAACUAUGCGAGAUGGACGGUUACGUAUCAUUACAACCUCAUGAAUGUUGCUGAAACUCAUCCUGGGCUGGAAGAAGAUUUUAAAAAAGGGUUCUUCGGAAUUAAACGUACAGGAAAGCCAUUUUCGAGGCAGCCAAUCGACUUAACUCUAGAGCAAACGAUCAAUGCGGAUGCUGCUAGGCGACUAACUGGAAUCACUCAUUUGACAGAUUCUAUCGCAGCUCGUCAACGUUGGGCUCGUAGACAUGAUAUUCGAUCAACUAUUAUCACUCACGUUUUUGAAGAGAUAGGCAUUAAUAAAAAACAAGAUAUUUCAGCAGAAUUACAGCCAUCAAACAUCAAAAAAAGUUGCGAGCAACUGGAAAAAUUUGUUACAUCUUUUAAUCAAUAUAUCAAUCCAUUUAGUACCCAGUUACCUCCAAAUCAAUUGUUCAACAUUGCAUCAGGUAAAGCUGCUUCAGCUUAAGUAGAUAACUUUCUUUUGAAUGUUGAAAAGAUUGGUGAUGAUCUACGCAAAACAUUCAUUUCUGAAUGUUCAUUAGAUAUUAACCGAUUUGACAAAACAAUCAAGAAAAAUCCAGUUCACAAUUUUUUGAGUCAGUUGGACAAAAAGAAAACCGUCAAAGUGGGUGGAAAAAAUCAAGAAAUCAAAAUACAGCGGGAUUUAUUCGGACGCAUGUUGGGAUUGUCAAUGGACUAUAAAAUCGAUAUCCUCCAAAUUUUAUCUUAUCCAAUAACUCCCGUGUCUCUUUCUCUGUAACGAUCAACGAUCCCACUUUAUAUCCGAACUCGGUAGAGAACGGACACGUUUGAUUCAGUGGCGUUAAUCGACGGUGAUCUCAAAUAUUCUUUAUUUCAUGCCGCGUGCACGUGACGAAGUGAUGAACAGUGUUUUUAUUGUAUUGCGUGUAUACAGGGACAAUAUAUGAACAAUGGAUAUAACCGAAAGUGAUUCUUCGGACACGAGCGGGAAAAAUGACAUGACGGGAACGCUGAGCGAACCCGUACUUAAAUAUAAAAAAUCGACUAAGAGAACACCAAAGCAAAAAAAAAGACAAGAAACUGACUCAGAAGAAGAAGAAGAAGAGGAAGCAGGACAAACAAGACCACAACAGGAAACAAGUAUGACAGAUAUAAUGAAAAGGACGAAGACAUUGACCAAAACAGUAGAACAGGCCAUAACCAGAAGCUCACCAGAGUCCAAGGGAAAGAUCAGCUUUACCAAAAAAGACCAACUGACUGUACGGGAAGCAAUGACCGAAAUGCAACAACUGGUUCAUACACUCAUAGCUGUUGCAUAUGACCAAGAAGUAACGAUCAACAGACUAAAGACUAACACGGACAAAGACAAAAAUAACGACAAACUAGACAUGAUCUUAAAUAAAGUAAACGACCUAGAGAGCAGAUUGAACAAAGUGUCAACCCCAACACCUCCACAACCUAAAGUCACCCAUCAAAACCUCCCGACUCAACCCACAACAAGGACAUACGCCUCGCUGGUUGCACAAGCACCACAACCACAGACUUGGAACUCCCCCCCGAAAACACCGAGAGUUUUCGAGACCCUGGUCAAAAACGACACAGAGGACCCUCAGAGAGCUCUCGAUAUUGUUAAAAAAAUUGUCAAACCAACUGACAUAGAGACCAUAAGAAGAACUAAAACCGGAAUAAUCCUUAUAAACAAAGACAAAGACACACAAACAAAAAUAAAAGAAAAACUAGACAACAACACAAAUCUAAAGACAAAAGCAAUGACGACGCAACAGGACCCGAUAGUACUCAUCACAGGCGUACAAAAAGGAAUAAAAGCCGAAGAUCUACUUCAAGACAUACUAAACGAGAACGAGGACUUACAACGACAAUUCGGGAAUAGAAUUAAAACAGAGUGCAAGAGACUCGGAGGUAGACCAUGUCGCAAUCCUUACAAGGAAAAUAUACUGCUUCAAUGCCCAGCCGACAUCUUCAGAGCCAUUAUGACAAAAGAACACAUAUACAUAGACCUGACGAAACUCUACACACAAGAACACAUCCCGGUGACCCUAUGCUUCAAAUGCAGCAGAUACGGACACUCGGCCAAAUACUGCACUGACCAAAAAUACACCUGCUACCGGUGCGGAGACGCACACGACCCAAAAACAUGUACAACGACAGACGUUAAUUGCCACAAUUGCAGACUGCUUAGAUUACCACAAACAAGACACGAAGCAAGAGACAGAAACUGCCCAAUAUACAUAAAAAAACUGAACGAGACAAGACGCAACAUUAACUACUAA